GCUUUGAUUCUGGAUCAGCGCUCUAACAGAGUGAGUACGGUACUCACGUUGGGUGUUCCGGUAACGUCAGAAGACCCGCUGAAAUUCAAAGUUGGAGGAGGAGACUGAAAACAAACAACACGAAAAUAGUUUCUUGGUUUCUGUCAGUUGGUUCUGACUUGUUCAACACAGACUGGAGUUUCAGCUCUUAAGGUAAGAUCAAAACGACUUUGCUCGGUAUAUUUCAACACUAACGGCACAUUUUCACUUCAUGAAGUAGCGAGACAUUUUGUUCGACCAGAGUUAGCUCGUGGUAAGCUAGGCUAACGUCAAGCCAAACUGAUAUGUUGAGAAGUGAACAAACCAAAGUUUACUCCGAGUGCAGUGUUGAAAACAUUAACUUGCUGAAUUGCUUCUUUAAUUGGCUGAUAUUUUCAGCAUAUAGGUUUUAUCUGUGUUAACAAUGCCUACAAGUUAGUUCUCCACCGAGCAGCAUGUACAACCUGUUUUCAUGGAUUUGAAAUGACAACGCCCUGCUCAGUCAGUUUAUUCAGGAUAGUACACCCAUAUCGGAUUUUAAUAAUAUCUCAUGUGCUGAUAUAUAAACUCAGUUUGGCUGCUUACCAACACAGAUGGAGACACUGAUUUAACUACAUCAUUGGUUCAAGGCAGCUGGCAUAAUCCACCAUGUUGAUGGGCUAGAAAUGAAUUUUGUGAAUUCACUGAUUUUCUUGUUGCUCCUUAACGUUUGGUUGUUUGCUGUUUUAUUUCUUGGCUUUGGUGGAUGACUGAAGUAGAAGCUGCUGACAGGUUUUUGAUGGCACAACCCUUUCCACUCUCCUUAAGAUCUCUUGGCAUGUUCACAUCGACUGUUCUUGAGACACUCAGUCUUACAGGAUCAGUUUGUGCUCCUCCCUCCUUCACCUGUGCUUCACAAGCAUUUCAAAUACCUAACCCACUGUCUAUUUGACAAUGAAAAUACCUCCAUACAGCAGACACGCUCACUGUUUUCAGUGUUAGCUUUCAACUAGGGCUGGGCGAUAAAACGAUAAUAAUAUGAAAAAUUAAUUUCCCUCAAUAUGAAUAUAAAACAUGGUAAAUAUACUUUUCAAUAGUCGGAAUUCUGCCAUGUUUUGGUAGACUAUACGAAUAGCAACUGAAAAGGGGAGUUGCUCCAGGUCUGCUUCGCACUGAACCAAUCAUGUGCUGAGUCAGAACCAAGUAGCAAACAACUGCGUAGUAGUGGGCUGCAGCUACACACAACCAUAGCGCUUUAACAGGUGAAGCCGACAGCACUGUCAGUGAAAGAGAAAGAAAAUGAGCGCUUCCCCUGCAGAAAUGCAGAUGAAGGCUCAACAGAUGACGACGUUGUCGACAACACUGGUAUGAAAAUGCCGGUGAUGUGGAGGGUUUUUUUUUUUUUUUUUUUUUUUUUUUUUGGAGGUCAGACAUGAAGCGGGGUAAUGUGCACUGCAAAUUAUGUCGAGUACAUGUUCUCGCAAAGUCGGGAAAUACCUCAAAUCUUUUUCACCAUCUGAAGCAGUGCCAUGCGGCAGAGCAUCCACAAUGCAAAAGGUUACAAACCCCGAGCGGAGCAAGGAGUCCAUGGCACCUGUGCAGCCAAAACAGCCGACCAUUCAGUCCACUUUCUCUAGCGCAAUGCCUUACGACAAAAUGUCGAAGAGACACAAAAACCUCACAGAUGCAGAAGCUUAUUGUAUUGCAAAAGACAUGCUACCAAUAAGCACAGUUAAAUUCAGUUUUUAAUAUCUUGAUAUAUAUUGAUAUCGACUGAUAUGAAAAAAUAUAUCGUGCUAAACUUUUUGCCAUAUCGCCCAGCCCUACUUUCAACAUGCGCUCAUAAUGUGUCACCUGUUUGUUAUUUUCUUAAACUUUUUUAAGGCUGCCAUCUGCAGAUACCAAUACUCUUCAAUCCAAUCUUUCUCUGUAGCUCAUCCCACCAUAGAAAUCUUGCAGAGCGCCUCUUUGUAGGAAGAAAAUUUAGCAGCAGUGUAGACUGCCAUGACUUGGCUGUACAAGAUCUGGUUUUGACUAUGACUCUGAACUGAAGCUAGCUAAUCACGUCCAGCUUCUGAUGACAAAAUCUGGGAAUCUGACGUGACAGGUCAGAUUCCCAGGUCCCAUUACAAACCACAUUGACUUCGAGGACCUGAACUAAGAGGCUACGGUCUCUCUAAAACACACUUUCAGGAUUGUGUAACCUGUAGUCUAUUUGUGAAAAUUCAAAAAGGACACUUUUGUAAUUUAAAAAAACAUCUGAUUCGACCAGAUCCUGACUCAGAACCCCAUUAUUUAGACUUAACAGAUGUAUGAGAUCCUGUGGUUCUGGAUCAAGACCUUGUCCAGUUUGGUCUGGGGCUGGGCAGAAAAAAGCUCCUAAAUUGCCCUCUCCUCACGUUUUCAGAAAUUGGACAAAGGUUUUUAUAAAGGUGAAACUCUGUUUAUAAUUAGAUUGCUCCCUCUCCAAAAUAGACCAGUUCUGACAUGCCUGGAUGUUGUGAUUCUUGAUCAGAACCUGGUCUAAUUUGGUCCUGAGGCUAAAAGGGUGAAAAUGCUUAUUGCCUCAAAUGAGUGUGUAACUUUUCUGUUUUUAUAGUUCAUUAUGGACGCUGGAGAGGGAAGUAGUGGCAUCACCAGUUUGAAGAGACAGAGAGCCCCCCUGUCAGUUUCAGAAGAUAACGCCCUCACACGAUCAGGUUUGUUUUAGUCUGUACUACCAGCACAACACGGUCAAAUAAGUUUCCACAGUUGAUUUUACAAUUAACUUACGUAACUGUGCGUCUUCUUAUCACAUUUCUCAGAGGACAGUGAUGGCCAGAAGCGGCGACGCCUGGAGCCAGCUGGUCAGGAGAACUGUAGUCCUAAAGCAUCCACCUCCACUGGGCGCCGAGCAGAACUAGAGACAAAGCCAGACACACCAAUGGUUCCCUCGGUCCGGUCUCGAGUCCGGCUCCUCACACAGAAUCAAGAGGGUAAUACCAGCCUUGAUUAACCUCUUAUCUUUGCCCUCUCUGUUUUUUUAGCAGAAAGGAUGGGCUGAAUAUCAGGAGUAUUGCUUUUUUUCCUUAAUACAGCACAAGAUAAAAAGCAACAGACCACUGUUUAUAUCCCACAGCACCAAAAACUUCCACAUUGAGUUCAUACCAUUUAACCAGAUUCAACCUGUUUUGGAAGAAAACCUAUUCUCAGUUUCUUUAACUAGACUGAGUUACUGUUGACAUAAGAGCACCUCAAAGUACUGUCUGAGGAUAUACCAUAUGUGUACAUAGGUGGGUGUGCAAGUGUUGUACUUAACUAAGGGCAGGUUUUACUCAAAGUGAGGGCGUAUUAUAGCAGGCUCUCAACAAUCAAACUGUUUUUUUCUGCAUGUAGGAAAAGCUAAAAUGAAUUCUGCAGUUUGAAACAGCAAGUGUUUUUGGUUUUAGGGUCUGCUCCUCUGGCGCAGCGCUGCCUGUCUGAUCCUGGCACUGUCAGCUCAUCAGCCAUCAUCCAAGACAAGAGUUUCCGAGAGCAUCUUCUUGGUGAGGAUGCCUUUAAGUACAAGAUUUUUCCACAUAGGUAUUUGUAUCUAUACUAGGUGAUUAGAUCACAAGAGGUCAUCACCAAGUAUGAGAAAUCUCAGUUUGCUUCAUCAUGCAUCUCAAUCAUUUAAAUGUAAUUCAAUUAAGUUAUCGAAUAACAGUUGGUUUCUUUUUAUGUUUGACGAUUUCUCUGUGUGAAUGUUUUCUCUUCAGGUGAGGGAGAAUUUCAUCAGCGUAUGGAGCUGUUUAAAGAGCCAGUCUCCCAGAAUAGCUGUGCUCCCACACCGAGCUCUGCCAACCCCUGUCCCAGGACCACCUCCAACUUUGUGUCUGACAUUCAGCAGAAACUCCAGGGUUCCACAACACCUAGCUCCAAGCAGGCUGUGCGCAUGCGCCAGGUGUGUCCUUUUUAUUAAUUUAUUUUUCUUUCCUUAGUGGAGAAAUUACUGCUCAACCUGGAGAAACUAUAUGAGGUGUAGGAGUAUCAAAAAUCUAAGAGGAGGUUAUCCGCACACUAAAUCAGUGCAGUUUUCUCUAAGCUUUCAGCUCUUCAGGCUUCCAGUCAGAGUAUAGAUGCCAAACAAUGAACAGGCAGGUUUGAGGAGGGGACAAUUUGCAUCAUGGGUGUGCAGCCGACAAAUCUGCAGCACCUGCAUGUCGCUCUCAUGUUAAUAUGGACAGAAAUCUCAGAGGACUGUUUUUAACACCUUGUUGAAAGCAUGCCUCAAAGAACUAAGGCGUUUCUGAAGGCAAAAAAGGCCUCCAACCUGGUGCUUGAGCGGUGUACUUAAUAAAGUGGCCAGUGAGUGUUUGUACUGUAUCUUUACUCCGGGGUUGUCUCUUUUCAAGAGUUAAAAAUAAAUAAAUAAAAAAGCAACUAAUAAAAUGUAUAAUUGUAGAAAAUGCUUUAUGAUUUCAUAUUUUGUUUUUGUCAUUUCCUGUGUUCAUCAUGCUGCACCUCUUUUGUUCCAUAUAUGAAGUGGGUCUCAUUUUGAUGCUUUAAACUUAAGCAAGACCUACAUACCCCAAUGAGCGGGGUUUCUACUACAAGGCUGUGCACACAGUGUGGGACUAUCCCCUCCUAAAACGUGCCUGUCCAUUCUUUGGCAUGUAUACUCUGAUUGAAGGCCUGAGGAGCUGAAAGCCUAGUACACUGAAAAUCGCACUAAGUGUGUAGACAUCCUUCUUUUUACUUUUACUUUUUUUUUUCUCUUCACAAAAUGCCAUAGUGACAGCUUCAUUAUGGAGUGGUGGUGAGUGCUGGAAGCAAAGUGAUAUGAAUAAUUUAAACCCCAGAAAUUGUGAUACAAGUAAAUCUGUAUUCCUCAGUGAUGUUUGUUGAUCUCUUGACAGUUGAAACCCAAACUAAGGGUAUCAGGACCUUUUUAAAAGUGUGAAUUUGAGAGGAGAAUAUUUCUUCAGCUCUCGUACAGAGUAAAUUUGACCUUUGACAUUGUUUCCUUGUUCAGGAGCGAGCACAGGAGUUGAGCCAGUUGCAGUUUCAUCCAAUCAGUCAGAAUGCCUGGUUGAAAAAGAGCAGCUCUGAUCCAUCAUUAACUCAGGUGAGACAUCAUCAGGGAUUUUACUGAUUUGCUGAGUCCUAUUCAUUUUUAUGUCUCAUGUAAGUAGAUUUGUAUUCAUUAGUCACCAGUUCAUGGAUGGCUGGGAAGAACAUGUACGUGGCUUAAUUGUUCUUUCUUUGCUGAUACUUAAUUUCUGUUUACUCAGCGUUAUAGUUCCUGAUUUACUGCCACAGAAAGAAGGAGAAUCUGUUUUUUUUGUGCUGUUAUAAGAGAAUUUGGUCCCUGUGUAAGAUGUUGAUUCAACAGACUUUGAUGGCUUCGUGUUAAUUUGAGUUUUAAUUAAUUGUAAAUUUAAAUCUUGAAACCAAAUGAAAACUGUUCUCAUUCUAAAUUCGAUUUCAACAACAUUUUAUAAAAUGCUUUGACAGGAACAACAAAAUGAGUCUAAAAAGUCAUGUUACUAUCCUAACCCUAGAGUCUUUCAAACAUAAAGGUAGGAAGAGGUUCAUCACUCUGUGAGAGACCGAGUGAGAAAGUAGUUUUAGCAAAUCCAGCAUAAUGUUCCCAAGUAUAAAAUACCAAAAGAUUUAAGGAUUUUAUCACCUACAGUGCAUAAUGGCAUUGGAACAUUGAGAGAAUUUGGAGGAGUGAGUCUGUUUAAAAGGAACAAAGCCUGUAUUUCUGAAACUUGAUGGCUAUGUUGUUCUUCAGGAUCUCGGACAACACUACAUUAAAAACAUACAUUAUUGUGAAGAAGGAAUCGAUGCGCUCAAAAUUGAAUCCAAAAACAUUGUCUGUGAGCACAGAAUGUUUAUUAACCUGCACCUGCUAAUGCAGGUUGAAAGAGUACCAUACAAAAAGGAAACUAAGUAUAAACACAAACAUGAUCCAGAGAUGUUGGCGCCUCCUCCUGGCCAUUUAAGAUGACAAAUUAAAAUUUGAUUUUCUAUUAGGAAAUCAGGAAACCUCUCCAAAGAAGGGAGGGGCUACUUUACUUAUCAAUGCAGUGUCUGUGACUCAUCAGUACUAAUGGCAUUGCACGUUUGUUUUUAUAAUUCAAAAUUAAUGAUGAAAAUGCCAAACCUCAAUUGAAUGUAUUACAUUAGCAGCAUGGUUCUGUGGUACAAGGGUGUAGGUGUUCAGUUGGUCUGCCUGUAGUCCCGACUUGCUCCCUGUUGAAAACAUUAGCUGCAUCAUCAAACAAACAAAAAAUUGACCCAGGACAGCUGAAAUCCUUUGUCAGGUAAAAUCAGACAUCAGUUCCUCUCAUCUUAUGUUUCAUUUCAAAACUCCAGAAACUGGUCUCCUUGGCUCCUAAAUAUUUACAGAGUGUUGUUACUCAACCCAAUGGUAAAUGUUGCCUCUUUAUAACCUAAAAACCAUUUGCAAGAUGACAAACCAUCAACUUCAGUCUCUAUCAACAUUUUACAUGGUAUGUCCACUAUUCAAUCUGUGAUUUAUACAGGUUUUUUUAUUUGUUAAUAAGGUUUUCCCUUCAAACAAGCAGCCCCCAUCCCUCUAUUCAAAAUCAGGCUGUGUUUUGUUUUGUUUUGUUUUUAUAAUAAGACAUUCCCACAGCUUUGUUUAAGUGUGGUUUCAUACACCAGUCUAUCUGAACAUUAUCAGGAAAGGACUCCUCCUGGACUCUCAUAUUCUCCGCGCUGGGUACCUAGGUUCUAUAAGGGGAGUUCUUGGCCCCCUGUUAAACUCUGGGAUGUGAGUGUGUGACCGCACUACUCUAAUAUUUCUUUUCUGGACACAUGGUAAAAAAAAAAUUUGAGCCAAAAGAAUGGGCACUAGUGAUGAUAUAAUAGUCGGGAAAGUACUUUGGUAUUUUACACAUCGGACCAGUUCUGUUUCAGGUCUUUGGGUGAUAUGGGCUGUUUACAUGAAACAACAUCCCUGACUCUAAACUUUAUAACUAGUGACAAGUUUUCUUCCCUCACCUCAAGUUUCUUUCUCUUCACAAUGGUGAACUGCAGUAUUUUCUUGUCUCUUAGUUUAUAGAUGAACUUCCUUUAAUCAAAACUGAAUUAAGCUCUCCAUCACUUGACUUUUGUUCCCUGUUGCUGAUAUUGUGGUUUCUAGCAGGCUGCUGAUAAUGCUGAGAUGAAAGAUAACAGCUUUGGAGGAGCGACAACAUCAAGUGCCGAAACGCAGGCCUCAGACGGAACAGGUAGGACUAAUCAAUCCUCAUGAUAACAAUGAACUAAUUCUGUGAUGUGUCAACAUGGAUGCCGAUUUUUUUUGUAUGUGAUUAUGUUUUCUUGUGAAAAUUGUUGAAUCAAAAACAAAACUGCUAUUGUCACACAUCAGUAGACAUUACCAUUCAUCUUCUCUCCUAUGCCUGGCAUGAGCUACAAUGGCUCUAAAAGUAGUUAAUGAGAAUUUAAAAAAAAAUAUUCAAGGUUAGAAAGUCCAGUAACUGAGUGUUGAGUUGUAAGUCGACAUUUUCUACAGGUAAGAGGCUGUGCUUUGAAACAUCUGCAUGGAAGAUUGGCCACAAAGCUUCAGUUGAAAGUUAAAGUAUUGAAAUCUCCCAAGUUACAAACCUGGCUGUGCUGAUGUUGUCUUUUAGCAAGGAUAAGAGUUUCUCCUGCACACAACUUCUACAACAACUUCUAUUAAUAAACAAACUAAAGAUAACAUCCUGCUACCCCUGCAUUCUUAUAAGUGCAGCACGAUGGGCACAUUCUCUCUACCAGCCGUAAUCCCUGUGACAUUAUUUAUACUCUAUUACAGCAUUGGAGGAAAGUGAGCGAGCUGUGAUAGAUCACAGACAGGGUGAUGCAGAGGAAACUCAGAAGGAAGAGGGAGGGAAGAGCUCAGAGAAAGUCUCCUGUAUCUUGGAACAUAAGCUAAUCAGUCACUCAACCCCCUCUAAGCCCAAUACUACCCCCAUGGAGUCCAGGACAGAGACGAGUAUAUCAGGUGAGAGCAGUUUUAGGUGGAGGUAUGGACACCAGAGGACACAUGUGGAGGACUGAGCACAUGGGUGAAGUGUUGUUUUUCUGUUUGUAUGCAAGCACUGGUGAUGGCCCCGCUGCACUUUCUGGGUUUAUAUGAAGGACAUAAUAAAAGGUUGAAACAUCUCACCUCUUCAUAACUGCACGGGUGUUUAAACUGAAGCAGUCUAGAGCUAGGAAUUAAAGCUUUUGUACAUUUGAUAAAAAAUUGGAGUAAAAAAAAAAAAAGCUGGCAGGACACGUACACCUGAGAAACAUGAGGACACGUGAUCUUCAUGCAUGUCGUUUUAACACAACACACUGGAGGAGCUGCAUUUAAAACUCAAGUUUUUCUACUUAUCAGUGAGAUUCACCAGAAAUUGAUGACAAAUCUCUGAGGAAAAUUUUAUCUUUUUCAAUACCUCCUAGUCUCAUGAUGCAAGUUUACCUAUUUUACUGGUAUUCUCACGUCAAGUGUCAUGCCCAAGGACACUGCAGCAUGUAGAGAGCAGGACCUGGGUUCAAACCCAGACCUUCCAUCACUACUACUGAGCCACAGCCACCUCUACAGCCGGGAACAGUAUUCACAAAGUCCACUGUGGUUGUAAAAUGUCUAGUAAACAACAAUAAAGUGAAGGUAUCUUGAUGAAAAAGAAAACUUCUUGUUUUAUCUUAAGGAAUCAAAGAGUUUUUCCCUCAUAUGUACGUCUGUCGGAGCCUUUUUUAAUUAAACCACCAGUGGAUUUGAGAGAUCAAUCAGCGGCUUUAGUUGAUAAGUAUUGUACAGAGGCACUUAAUAAAAGGUGUGACACAGUAUCAAACCACCUUGAACUAAAAUUGUUGCCCUUCUUUUUGAUACAACCGUGAAUGUUUCUUUCAACAGGUUUUGAGCUGAACUCUCAUGAUGACACCAACACGGCUGACAUUAUUGACCAGAUGUUCCAAGAGGUGCUGGAAUACGCUGAAACGAUGGAGGAGGAGAGUACAAAUCAUGAGGUUACUGAGGACCGCAACAACGGCACUGAAGCUGGCUCAGCUGAAAAUAUUAAGGUGAACAUGGAGGAAGGAGAGAAAAGUAAAGAAAAGGACGAAAUCAAAGAAGAAGGAGUAGAAGAAAAUGGCGAUGAGAACAAGAUGCUCGAUAAAGAUGAAGACGAUAUGCUGACUUUUCCACCUAGUGGCAUCCUGUCUCCUCUCAGCAAGUCUGUAGAGGCUGUGGUCACCCCUCUGGUAAGAUCACUUCAUAACUUAAAGCAAGUCUCAUUCAUGAAUCGAUAUUAUUGGGACUGUCAUUAAUAAAUACAUUUUAAAAAGCUUCAGAAUUUAAAAAAAAAAAAAAAAAGUAUAUGCAUUUUUCCUUUUAUAAUGCAUCAUAUUCCACCAACAGCGAAUUGUGGUCAGUCAGGAGGCUAACCCCCCAGCUCUACCCCUUACUCCAGAAGAGACCACCACACCUCCUGAAUCCUCUCUUCCAUACAGGUAAUCAUUUAUUGACUGGAACCAUCAGACUGAAACUCAGUCUGUUUUUCUCAGGCAGGAUAUUUAAAAUUAAACGGCUCAAAGUUGUAUGUAAAUUUUCAAAAGCACCUUUGAAUUUUCACAUUGAAUGCAGGUCCAACAGAGUCAUUGACUGUGGUGUCAUUCUUUGAGUGUUUUCAAAUCCUUCACACACAAAUAAUCUACAUUAUUUAAAAUAAAAGGUUCUGUCAAGUACAUACCACUGUAGUCCACAAAGUAUGACAAUUGGGAUAUAUAUCUUACAAAAACAUGGCACUUUUUAAUCAGCUUUACAGAAUGAAACCCCCCACAAUACAUUUAUCCUGAACUCAGUUGAAUUUAACCUGAAAACAAAACUAAAUUUCAUCAUCAAGAAAAUCCCAUCACUGGCCACAAACUGGUACUUAUGAGCUUGUUGCAGAGACAAACUUUACUGUCAGUUUUCAACGCCAUAUGUCUGAACUUAAUGUUGGUUUGUUAUCUGACAGUAUUGAUGCAUACCGUACACAAAGACAGAGCAAACCACCCACCAGUCAGAGCAUCACUCCUGAGGUCCAGAGACAAGCCCCUGAGAAGUCCCAACCUCAGCCCUCCGUCAACAUCAAGGAGAGAAUCAAGGUAGCACUAUAACUUUUUUUUCAGUCAGUACUCAGCUUGAGCUCUUAUUGUAACAGGACUUAUUGUCUCACAUAAACUUCAUACAUCAACUGUUUUACGAUUGCUAAAAGAGAAACUUGCUGUGUCUUCUGGACAAAGUAAAAUACAGUGUGAUAAGAGAAUAUUUUGCACAACACAAAACAAUUCAGAAAACAAGCUAAGUAUACAAUUGAGUAGACAGGCCAGUAGAGUACAUGUCCACAAUUGUGCUGCAUGACAUUUGACCGGUAGCUUUUCUGAACAUGUGUGAAGUCUUUGCUUUGCUUUGCUUUGAGAUAAGACUACAGGGCUAAUGUCAAUGGAAAGCUAUACAGCAAACAGGCGUGAGUGUAAGUUUGGUCACUGUGAUGUUUUAAAGUAAAGAGGGCUGCAUUCAGUCAGAGUGCCAUGGUGUCUGAUUAUUGUGUACUCUCACUUGCAAAUGUAGUUGGAUCCACACACAAAACAAGCCUGUCACUGCUUGUCGUCAUGUCUUCUGGUGUUUCUCAUUGCUGCUAGUUAGAGUGCCAUCAUACCGUGUAAUAAGUGUGAAGUAAAAGUGUCUUUGUCCAGGCUCUAAAUGAAGAAGCAGGAAAACUGCAGACUGUGAUCAGCCAGACUCUGCAGGCUCUGAGCUGCUGUACUGAUGAAGAACACGGACAAGGCUCACUGGUGGAGGCUGAAGCUGAGAAACUUCUGUUGGUGUCCUGUGAGAACAUUUUCAGAUUUUUUGAUUCAGUAGUUUUAAAGGAACCACUCUGUCUACACCACUGCAAGGUGUAAUGAAGUUACAACAGUGCUGCUUUUAUGAAGAAUGCUCAUGAAAACACAGAAACAAUGAUAAUGAAUUAUAACUAAUUAAUUAUUAAUUAAUUAAUCAGUGUUAAUUUCAAGAAAACAUUUUAAGCAGAAUUAAAAAAAAAUUUUCACAUUUCUGUUUCCUCAUGUGUAACUUACUCUUGAGAAUGAUCUUCUGUUUUGUAGGUGAGAAGCGCUCUGCCCUGCUCACAGAAAUGGCAAGACUGAGGGAGGAGAGGAACUCCGAGUCAGAGGCAGCAGAGGAGAACAAGGACUACAAUUCCCAGCAGCCAUGUAGAGGCACUGUGAGCAUCACAAACAUUCAGCUGCCUCUCAAAGUGGAAUAUGUCUGCUCUUCACGUAACCGCUCAGGUAACUCCACAAGGAAACCAUUUUUGUUCAUUUCUUUGUAUGACCCAAGUCAGAAACUUGAUGUAUCAACAUGAAUAUUGUGGCCGACACUCACUUGCUUUGUUUGUUUUUUCCCAUGUAGGACGGCCAAGUCACUACUUCUUCAUCCUGAUCCGCUAUGGACCCUGCAACAUCGUCGCCACUCCACUGGCCACGGCUGCUGAUGCCAAAAAUGGAGACACCAUCUCUUUCCCCACGUCUGUCACUCUGUAAGCUACAGCUCAUCUGCAAGACUGUGGUUCCUCUAUUUGACAAGUUUCUGAUUUUCUUCUUUAUUUUUAAAAGAUUUUGUUAUUAUAAAAGAGUAUCUUUAUGUACUGCAUCACCUACUCUCUCUGGUUAUUUCAGGAAGGACAUUCGCUCGACAUUUGAGAUUGAUGUGGAAGUCUACAGCCUGGUAAGACAAAGUAGUUUGACGAGCUGUUCUUACUUACUUGCUAAAUUAGAUCAAAGUUUAUUGAAAUAAAAUAAAUAAAGUAAUGAUUUUGGUUGAGCUGCAAGUCCAAGAGGCAUGUUAACCAAAUAUUCAAAUUAUUUUUACUUUCAUGCUGGCCUUAGGUUGACAUGCUGGUUGAUUAUGUUGUAGGCGACAUACAUUUAAUCCUUUUAAGGAUCCUGUGGUUAUUGUAUGGACCAGGGAUGGUUUCGGUCAACUUGUACUGAACAUACAUACCCAUACAUAGAUGUGCACACACACACACAUUUUUGUCAUUAUCGCCACUGCAGUGAGUCAUAGAGAAGUGGCACAGGCAGCUGAUUUGGAAAGGUAAUCUGCUAAGAAAGCCAUAUUAAUGGCAUUUGCAAGAUAAGUGCAUUUACAGGUGUGCUGGAAACAGUUUUUCCUUGAGCUUGGCAAGGCACCCAAGACGGAUGAGACAGUUUGGCCAGUUACUGGAUCUUCACCUGGAUAGAUAUGAUGUGAAUAUUAGGCUUAAGUGGCUUAAGUGAGGGCAGAUUUAGAGGAGGAUAGAUAUUGACCCCUAACAGCUCAUGUGUAUAUGGAGACACCAGUUAGAUAAACUGUACUGAGUAUUUUCUCAAAGCUGGCUGUCCACAUUGAUUAUGUUGAGCUUAAAAAAAAAAAAUAGAUGCAAGCAAAAUGUAAAUACACAUCUCUGAUAGAUUACGAGGUAAUUUUGCGAUGAUUUAUGUGCUUGUUUUUGUGCCAUAUAGACCAACAACUCGGGUAAUAACUGUACCGUGGACCGGAUUGGGAUCACCACCAAGUCACGGGUAUGUUAGUGAGCCAUAUAAUGUGCCAAGUGUGUACUUGUGAACAGCAGUCUAAUUCACCUUUCUUCUACAUUCAGGUCACACCCAGAAAGCUUCUGAACACGAUCACAGUGAGUAUCAUCUUUUACAUCACACCCAAAGGUUUUUUUGUUUUUUUUCACACCAUAUGACGAAGAAAGUCAACUUUUUCUUCUGUUUUCCACAGAGAUCCAACAACAGUCUGACAAGUAAGUUUUGAGGGUUUUUUUAUUAUGGAGAAUUUAUUAUAGAGAAAUGUUCUUUUGCUAAUAAGAAAAAAGCUACAGUUCAAUUAUUUUCACAGGGUCAGGUCUGUUUUGUAGACAGUUAUUAUGUUUCCACACACUUCUGAUAAAUAUGCACUUCUUUGUGUUUUAGCCGCUCCUCCUCCUGCACUCAACACUCGUCGCUCCAGUAACUUCAGUCUGGUUGGUUCUCACAAGAUCACCUUGGCCUCAUUGGGACGCAGCAAGUUCCCCCUCGAUAAGGUAAUGAUCAUUUCUGAUAUAUGAGGAAGGGCUGCGUACCUGGUUUUGGUCUCUGCAUCAUCAGGAGUCUAAGGUUAACAUUGAGCUACUCUACUGUCUACUAGAGGACUUUGUGUUAUGUAGCUAUAGCUGCAACUCCAAAAAUUUGGCACACUGUGUGAAAUAUGACCAAAAACAGAAGUUUACAGUUUCGAAUCACCUGAACCCUACUUUUGAUCACAGAGAUGUUGCAAAGAUGACUUAUCAAGAACAAUCUGCUAUUUUUCCCGCCUCAUAAAAAAUGUAUGCCCAUCAUAAGCUUGUUGCCGUCAACGAUUUCAAAGAAGAUGGGCACUUAGACAUGCCCACACUGGUUUUCCAGUCAUCUUUAAUGAGCUCAGGCCCAGAGAAGAGUUUCUGAAUCAUGUUUAUAGAGGGUUUCCUCUUCAUAUGACACGUUUCUAAUCUGCGUUUGUGAAUGUAGCACCAAACUCAUUUCACAGACGGUGAUUUUUGGACAUUAUUAAGAGCCCAGGCAGUGAGUUUUCAAUGAAGCACUGCCAAGCUCCAAAGAUCACUGCCCUCUGGCAUGUUUUUUUUCCAGAUUUGCUGAAUCUUAUCAUGAUAUUGAUAUUGAUGGGACCCCCCCUUUUUUUUUUUUAUCUUACACUUUGGAAUGUGAAUCAGAAAUUAUUGAAGUCUUUGCUGACACAGUCUCUCACAAAGUGGUGAUCCUCUUCCUAUCUUUAUUUCAGACAGACUCAGCCUCUCUUUAACGCCCAGUUCACUCACUUCGGAAAUGUUGUCUUUGCACAAUUUUUUUAAACAUGUCAGCUUUAAAUAAUUUUCUGCCCAUCACAAUCUAAUGUUAUCAUGUUAUCAGUAUUUUACACGGCACCCUCACAUUUUUGAAAUUGGAGUGGUAUCUAGGAUUUUGAUUUGCAAGUAAGGAAAAAAAUGUUGAAGAUUAUUACUUAGUUUUGUGAAAGUCCUUUAUCGGGAAUAACAUUGAAGUGAAGUGAUUUACAUGUUACACAUACACUGUCACCAGAUUUUGCACUCCUCUAUACUUCUGUGCUACAGGUCACUACAGUUCACCUGUUUUUACACCCCACUGACCUAUAAGGAUUCUCACUGUCACAUUGUUGGGCUCACUGGUGAUUAAAUCUUCUGCUUCCUCCCUCCCCCCUUCCCUCUCUCUCUUGCUUCCUUCACUCAGAUGAAACUUGAAGGCAAAAUCAGGAGGCUGCUGGGAGAUGAGUUUCAGGAAAAGGUCCCACUCUUAACACGGCACUGCCAUCUCUUCAUCCCUCUGUUUUCUCUCUCCAAGAACCUUUGACUCAUCUUUCCUGUUUCACUGAUUAACCACCCUCUCAGUGUGAAACUGUUUGUUGGUUUUGAAUGAAUUUUUACUCUUUCCUGUCUGAUCACAGCAAGUAAAUACAAAUAUAGCUCAUACUUUUCUGUAUGUGUUGUGACUCCAAACAAAUUACAUUUCUCUUUUUCUCCUUGAAUCAGUUAUCUUAGAUUAAACAUAACUAGAAGUGAACCUGUGUGUGGCAAACCAGCUGAUUAUACAACUUGAAUUUCCCUUCAACAGCAGCUAAAAUGUCUCCUAUCAUCUGGUGUGUUUUAUCAGAGCGUUUGAAUUUCGGGUAGCUUCUAUACAAAAUCACAUGAACAGCUUGUUGGAAUGAAAUUCAUCAAAAACAAUUGGUUUGCUUUCUGUUUUCUCUGUACGUCUUUCACUGCAGACCAGUUUAACCGUGUCUGAUCCCUGUUCUGCCUGAAUUGCAGGUUCCCUUUCUCUCUCCUCUAGAGGGCAACAUCUACAUGCAACUUGCAAGUGAAAGUCAUUCUGAUGUACAACACCAAGGCUUCCUGGUCAGUAACUGAAGAGAGCUAUUUGUGUGCAAGUGUGUGCGUAUGUAUGUGGAGCUCCCAUGUGUUUGCUUCCAAAUGACUCUCAGGCACCAGUAUUACACCAUGACAGGAUCAAUAUCUUGUUUACUGAUGGGUUACACUCUUUUAUUUUACUCCAGAAACAGAUAUAAUUUCACCUUCCUCAAAGUCCUCAAACUCCAACUGUAAAAUCUUUAAUUUUUACCUUGCUUAAAAUUUGUUCAACUAUGUUUCAAACACUGACCGAGUCAAACCAACUUUUCCAAACGCCAAAAUCACAGAAUCACACAAACACUUUCACUCAAGUGCCAGUUUUACCUCUUGACUUGUAAAAGAACGACAUUUAUAGUAGAGAUGCACCGAUCCAUUUUUUUCCAAUCCAAUCCAAUAUCUGGGCUGGGCGUAUCAACCAAUAUUUGAUACUGAUCCAAUACCACUGUUGAGUGAAUGAACUGUAUACCUUGCCCUGUGAGUGAAGGCAUCAGGCUUGACAUUAGCAUUGUUAAAAAAGGUGACAAAUUAACACAGUUAUAAAUUUACCAAAUUUUAAUUACUAACAAAUAACAAAUUUGACAUUAGCACACAGCAAAAAGAAAUGACUUCCAUGUAAACAUUUAGUGCAAAAGGAUAGUCAACAGAAUCGCUGUGUUGCUGUUUAUGAUAUUAAAUAACAGGAAAAAAAAGACUGGAUUGGAACGCUGGAUCGGCAUCAUUCAUCAGAUAUCUGAUCCGGUAAUUUGUCAAUAUUGGAGCCGAUAUCCGAUCCAAAUAUCGAAUCGGUGAAUCCCUAAUUUAUAGUUUACAAAGAGUCCUGUUUCUGUAGCGAUCACGUCAUUGUUGACCUAGAACUGCAAAAGCUUUUUAGAUUUACAUCUGUGCGAUAACGAUGAAGAUAUAUAACAUAGAUGAACAAAAGCUACUGACACCAGUGCAUGACUCAGUAUCUACAACUGUGUUGAUGUCAGUAAACAGAGCCGAUAUUUGAUGAUACUGAUGCUCCACUGCUUUAUUGCUACAUCCCUUCUUUAAAGCUCACUGAGGCAGGUUUCUUCAUGAGAAAUGUUUCUCCUGUAUGUGCUCCAUAUUUAAAAAACUGACAGAACAACACAUGAAACCCUCUUUGUAAAUCUUGAAUUUUAUAUUAGUUUCAUUUCUUGUACUUAAAACUCACUCUGCUCCUAUUUUGUGAUUCUGUUUCCAGACAAUGUUUGAGGUGAUCGGUGGAUUCGGGGUGUGGAAUCGUCAAUAUUUUGUUCUGGAGGGAUUUGAAAUGUACUACUGGAACCACCCCAAUGACAGAGAAACCAAGGUACUUAGCGGACCACUGCUCAGACAGUCUUUAGGUUAUUUCAUCGCAGGUUUUAUUCUGAUUUCUGUUUUUGUCUUUUAGAGGGCAGAGGGCAGCAUCUCUCUGUCCAGCUCCCACAGGCAGUGUGUGAGGCCAGUCAACAGGGACUCCUGUGCCCGACCUUUCACCUUUGAGCUUGUGAGCAACACCCCACAUCAGCAACAGCAGGAGGAUGUUGAACAACCUUCAGCCAAGUAAGAUUGAACGUAACCGAAAUGAUCGUACACACUUGAUCAUCUCAACAAUCAAAGAUUUUGUGUCCCAAACCUCUACAUUUAAAGACACUUGAUGUGUGUGUCUGAUUUUUUGUUUAACUCUAUUUGAAAUUUAUUUAUCCAGAAGAAAAGUCUCUUUUUCAAGUGUUUCAGAUUUACUUCAGCACAUUUCAACACAGUUUCAGAAAUACGACACAUCAACAAUUUCAAACUCAUAUCAACAUCUUCUGGAUGAUAUAACGUGAAGUCCUCGCUCAAAGCAUAAAUAACCUGAUGCAUCUUCCUCUAACCCCUUUGAUUUACUGUGAGUCUCUGUCUCUAUACAAUAUAAGAUAAUGCUGAGAGAGACUGUGCUUCUCUGUCCUUUGACUGCUUUUUUUAAGGAAAACUUGAUUCAGUGUCACUCAGACCUUUGUUUACAGUCAGCAUGAUGCUCUUCUGGAUGCAGCCAAUGAGUUACGUAAGAGGGAGUUUCACUGGAGAAACUCCUUUUUAUGACAUCAGUGUUUGGGUUGUUUCUCCAAAGUUAUUCUAAAACCCACAACGUUACUUUCUGAGAAAAAAUGAUCAUCACUGUCUCUGGAUUCUCUUGAGUUUGUCAUUGUGAGCCACUAGGUUUUGAUCUCGGAGUAAAUCCAUCUACACAUGCCUUCUCUCACUGUGUCUGUCUUUGAAUGGCUGUUUCUUCUUUCCCAAGACCUAGACCACACAGGAAGGCUGCUGUAGCUCUGUUGGUCUAUGCAGGACUAGAAAGGGUUGUAUGUUGUACAUCUCUGUGCAAAAGCUGCCAACAAAAUCUGUUCUUUGGUCUCUCUUUCCAUUGAUCCUCUGCUAACAAUGGUCGGAAGAGUAAACUGCUUUGCUCGCCUUCCACAUUUGAUAUGUUGGCUUUGCAUGUAGGUUUUGUUGCCGUCCCGGUGGGGUUGAACGCUCGGUUUUACAGUCUAUUUUUCAUUUCAGCGUGGACAACAUUAUUUUCUGAUAAACACCAUGGAUGAUUUGAAUGUGUUGAGCACUGUUACUUUUAUGAAGAGAGGUACUGAGCAUGUGCAACUCUUGACAAAGAUAAGAAUUAAGUAAGAUGGCUCACUUGCAUACUACUUUGGGAUAUACUGCAUCUGCUGUUGAUUUCUUGUACACUGGUUGGUUUGGUUUAUUUAUGGCACAUUUAAACAAACUUGAAUAGUAAAGAGACCUCAGGUACGACUAAAAAUAUCUUAAUCUUAAAAAAAAGACCAUCACAAGGGGUGUAUAAUAAUGGGACAAUUUGGGGAUAUUGCAAUGUCUCCCCGCUAACACCUGUGAGGUUGUGUCACCUUCACGGACCUAAAGCUCCUGGGAUGCACAAUUAAAAUGAGGAUUUAACAUCAAAGAGACAAAUCAAGAUCAAUUCUUUUAAUUCUCCUUUUUCUUGGUCUUCCAACUGUUAUAAAACAUUUCGUAUUUAUGAGCCAUGCAGACCCAAAAUAUGCAAAACUAGGAUAUGUGACUCAGACUGCCAGAAUUCCUCUUUAAUGGUGGGUAAAAGAGGACGGGAAGCAUUUGUGCAUAAAGGUAGACAAUGAAUCACAUAAGUCGAUGUUCCAAGAGGUUAAAAGAAUGACAUCGUCUAACAGGUUUGAUGAACUCAUGUAACAGAAGUUUGGACUAUGUUCUUGUUCAGGUGCUGGUUUUCUGCUGACACCAAACAAGAGAGAUUGGACUGGAUGGAGAGUCUGAACCAGGUUCUGUUGGACUGUCACACAUGGAACCGAACAUCAGCAGCCCAAACAGCGAACCGGCAGUCAGACACGUCCAGCAGUGGGAACCUGAGGGAGAGCAUACUGUAACGACAUCAACAAGCCAGUGAUGUCCUACAGUCCCUCAAACCCACAGUUUUGUUGCACACAGAUGAGCUGAUAUUAGGGAGCUCAAAGCUGCUGCUGGUGCUGAUCUACUUCUGCUGCUGAGAGUUUGUUUCAGAGUCAGAAUGAAUUCUUAUCAGAUUGUAUUGCAGUACAUUUAUUAUCCUUUAUGUUGAUUUAUCUUUGAGAGAUAUCUUUUUUUAUUUUUCCUUUUGAAUAUGAGUCUGAUUCGGGAAAAUCAGAUAGUUCUUUGUUUUCAGUUUCUGUUUUAAUUUUUUAGUUUUUUCUCACCAUGAUUAUGUGAAAAUCUGGUUUAACUUUGAGUUAUUUUCUUAUGGCAAUCAACUGUUAAGCUUUUGUUAACGGUAUUAAUUGCUCACUUAGAGUUGCAGAAGCACAGCUCUUGUAGCCUAUAUAUUUUUUUAAACGCACUCAUAUUUAGAGAUUUAUUGUAUUUUUUUUUUCUAUCAUUUAAACUGGAAGGAUAUUCACAUUUAUAUAGACGCACUAAUAAAUAUUGAUGUGAAGGAAGUCUGUAGCUCUUUAAAAUGAUAUAAAAUGUGAAUGUAUCGAUAACACACUACAAUUCAUCGACAUACAGAAGGGUUUCUAGUUAGUGUCACAAUGGAAGAUUACCUUACAGAUACAGUGACUCCAUUGGCUUCUGUUAUGUGAAAGAAAUGACACCUUUGACAUAAUUGGCUUUUAUUUCUUUCAAACAUGAGUAAACAACAUCCUAUUCCUCAAAAUAAUCUGUUUAAAAUCAAUUUCUGUUCCUCCUGACAGCACAACAUGUAUCUCACUGGUGCCUUUGGGAUUUAUUUUUCUCCUGCAUACUGAAGUGCAUUUUACCUUUGUGUCUCUGCCCAUACUCUAAGCAUUUAUUCACAUAUUUAGAGACAUGUUUAAUUGAUUGUAUGGCGGAUGAAAAGGCUGGUGAAGUAAAAGCGAGGAAUGAAGGGGUGCUGCUAUUAAUCUGGAAGUCUGUAUUCUCCUAUUGUCUUUAUGUCUUUCUUUCUAUCAGCCUAUCUGUCCCUGUUUUUCAUGUAAACUCUUAAUUCAGUGCAUCCACAAGAAGGUACCCAUUAAAUAAAUGGAUUGAAAAAUGGCUACAAAAAUUGGUUGACUUGUCCAGUCAUUGCUUUUUCAUGCAAGUGUAGGUACAGUUGUGUUACAUUCCUCAAAGAUGGUUUGGGAAUGAGGGCAGUAACAACAAAAUAAAAUUCAAUGAGCAGGUUAGUAACACACCAUAAGUGAGUACAAGGACAUGACAGAUAGGCCCCUUGAGUCAUGAUGGGAAGGACCCAACAAUUUCAGGAAAAGUAUCCCCAAAGAAUGUAGUGAUAGAAUGAAAUGUGAGAAGGCUGAAAGUUAAGAAUUUGAAGAAAAAGUGGCGAGACAGUUGUCUAACAUUCGUCUGAUCCUACCCAAGGUUUCUGCCUGUUCACAGGAAGUCUUUCCUUGCCACUGUCACUCAUGUGAGAUGAGAUCCCACCAAACAUCGGACGUCGAAAAGACGUGCAGAUCAAGUCAGUAUUGGGUCGGUCCAUCGAAGACCACAUCUAGACGUCAGUGCGACGUCUAAACUAGACCUUUAGACGUCGCUCCGACCUUCAGAAUUUGGACGUCAUCUGAUGACCAAAUCUCGACAUCGGGUUAACGUGCAAAAUAGAUCCAAUAUUUAGAUACUCAUUCUGCACCUCUAGAGGACCUGAUUUCGAUGGCCAAUUUCGACUGAAAUUGCAACGUCAUUUGGACGUCCAAAUCGGACGUUGAAAUGACUUUCAUUCUGCACCUUCAGGAGACGUGAUUUAGACGUCGAAAAAUUACGUUAUAUAGACCUAAUUUCAAAUUCGCAUUGCGCAGUGGGAUGGGUCAAACCUGCACCAUUUCAAGGUUGGGUCUUGGUAAUUCAUCAAACAAUGAGCGUGGCAUUUUAUCAUGACUUACAAGGUCAGGUAUUAUAAUGUGUUAUUUUUAUUGUUAUACAGCCUUAUGAUAAUCAAUGAGUGUUUAUAAUGAUAGUUAAACAAGUUUAUAAGCAAAUUCUAACAUAUCAUAAAUAUAUGUAUAAUGCAUUAUAUAUGUGGGCAUUGUCAGUAAGUUGUUAAUAGUUAUAACACAUUUUAAUACCCGACUGUAAGUCAUGAUAAAAUGUUUUAUAAUGCGUUAUGAUUAUUGCUAUAAAGCAUUAUGAUGAUUUAUGAGUGUUUAUAACUAUAGUUAUACAGUGCUAUAAUGUGAUUAUAACACAUUAUACAUAUAUUUAUAAUGCGUCAAAUAAAGUGUUACCAAAAAAAAAAUAUCAAGGUGAGUGCAGAUGUCCCUGAAAAGUUGAUUCACAGCCUGAAAUGAAUCUCCAUCACUUUAACGUCACCUGAUUCUUGUCUGUUUAUCUCAUUUACAUUCAGCAGUGGAGCCAUAGAUCUGCCAUACAUACUAAGCUUGAGAGUAGCAGGAAGGCGGCUCAGGUCAGGAAUGUCAUACAGGAAGUAGUCUAGAAUUAGACUUCCUGUUCGUCUCAUAGCUCCUCUGGGUGGAGUUGCUGCAGGGUGUUGUGGAGCUCAAGGUGAUGACAAUUAUAAAGGGAGGGUAGCACUCCAUUCUGCCUUCAGGACACAAAUACAGCUGUGAUGAAUCAACCAGCAGCAGUGGCACAGCACAGUGACUCCAAAUUCUGGUUGAAGAGACUGGAACAGUAGUUUUCCACUUUACUGCAGUCCACCUCAGAUGGUCUCCAGCCCUGGGAAGUCCCAUUUCUUUAUGAGGAAUUUCCUCCCCUGAAGUUGUCAAAACUGUAUCUUUAAACCAUGUUCAUUUCUUUUUUUUCCCUUUAAUAUCUUCCUUUACACAAGCAAUUAUGAUCUCAUGGUGGCUAACUGAUUAGUUGGUGAAUCAAAUAUUGAACAGCUGGUGGAGAGUCAGUCAUCAGGUACAAAAAAGGAAUAGUUUGACAUUUGUGUGGAUGCCUGGGUUUGUCUCUAUCUUUCUUAUUUCCUCCUGCAGAUCAGCUGUGCUAUGCUAAUCAGGUUACUGUUAUUAUAUCCUCAGCAGAGAGACAGACUGAGCAACCAGAAAACACAGACAGGAAGUAACUUGACUGCAGCGAGUCUCACUGUCGGUGAGAGAACGGCAGGUCGGCGUCCCUGUUGUCUAAAGUGAUCACAGUCCCACCCUGCUGGAAUACUCUCUGCACAACAUCCUGGUGGGUCAACCUCUGCUCUCUUCCUUACAUGGCUCUGCAGGACAUUGUUCCUGCGUGGCAGACAUACAAGAUAUAAUAGGGGGGAGGGCGGCCUUGUUAGUGUGACUAACAAUGCCAACCACUUUGACGAACACGGUGAGACACAGAGACACAAUGUUAGUCUGGUGAUGUCACACAGCCUUUCAUAACAAAGGAGUUUUCAAUCUUGUUAAAUUAGAUCUUCAGUUUCCCCUUUUUAUUUAUUGUUGCUAUUCUUGAUGUCUUCUAAUAUUUGUCAUUAUAAAAUUUCUAUUUCUUGUGGUAAGAUCUUAAUUUUUUAAAAAGAUUUACAUAAGUUUGGGCUAGAUAAGUUAAGUAAUUCUUCCUCAGUCAAUGUAUUUGAUUUACUCUGCUCUCAGCCCACUGAGCAAUAGACGGCUAAUCGUUUUUUUAGACCUAAUUUCAACCGUCUAGAUUCUGUAUAUUUUUAGACGGAAUUUAGACAUUGCACUUUAACCCAUUAUUCGAUAACUAUUUAUUUCAAAAAGCAACUGUGAGUUGCACUACUUGGUCUAAAUUUAGACAUCUAAAAAACUUUCAUUUUUAGACCCAUGGUAGCCUGAUUUUAGACCAGUUGUCUAGGCUACAUUUAGACGUCUGUUAGACCUCUUUUACACCAAAAAAUGCUCAAUGGGAGGGUUAUAAGAGAAUUAGCUAAAACAACUCUGAUUCAAAGACUUGUAAAAAGUAAAUGUCAAAGCAUCAAAUUCUAAAUAAGAGCAUUAUUAAUGUCCAAAAAUAAAAUGUAUUAGUUUGAGUAAAUAACUAAGCUGUCCUAAACUCUUUCUGAAACUCAUUUAGUCAGCCAGGUCCUAUUGAAGUCAUUUCUUGAUUGAGAACAGGUGUGGCAGUAAUUAGGCCUGGGUGUGGCUAGAGAAAUUGAACUCAGGUGUGAUUAACCACAGUAAGUUAUGUUUUACCUGGGGGGGGGCAGCCACUUUUUCACACAGGGCCACAUAGGUUUGGAAUUUUUUUCUCCCUUCAUGAUAAAAACCUUCAUUUAAAAAUGACAUUUUAUGUUUACUUGUGUUGUCUUCAACUAAUAUUCAAAUUUGUUUGAUGAUCUGAAACAUUUAAGAGUGACAAACAUGCAAAAAAAUAAGAGAUCAGGAAGGGGACAAACACUUUUUUCACACCCCUGUACAACAUUACCCUUGUUUAAUGAUAGACUCAAGCCAAAUGUUGAGUAAUAUCUGAACAAACACUCUAAAGUUUGCCAGCAACUUCGAAUAAUGUACAGCCUAAGAAGGAAUUAGCUGAUAAAAAAGCCAAACAUCACUUCUGGCUGGGCCGAGAAGGUGCAUUUGAGUCAACCAGCAUGUGAUCCGUGUGAGAGGAAGCAACUUUUCAGACCAGCGAGUGGCAGUAGUCUGUAUUUUCCAAGGAAGGAGGACCUGAAUCACAGACAUUCACAUCAGAAGUUCUCAAAGUUUGGGGUUCGAUGAAGGGGGUUGCAAGAUGCCUCUCAAUUUUGAAAUAUUCAUAACUACAUAUCCUCUCUUAUUUAAUGUAACAGUCAAGAAAUAAUAAAUAAAACCAUGUGAAUCAAAGAAUGUGUCGUCAUGAAGCCACAUGAGGUUUUAAUGUCGGAUAAACAUAAUUCAUAACUACAGCAGGUUUACUCACAGGAAACAGAUUUACAUGUUCAGCGAACAGACGAGCUAGAUUAUUAUAUUUCACCUUAAGACAGCUUGAAACUCUCUCUCUCUCUCUCUCUCUUUUGGGGGGUCUGCCUGUUUAUGUUCGGACACACUUGUGAGCAGUGUUGAGCCAUUUUGCAGGCUGGAAAGUUGGGGAAACCUGGUCUAAAUGAUGCCACCCAUUGGUUUGUGAAGAAGAGUCAUACAGCCCAAACAUGGUGGUUGCCAUGUUGGAAAUGCUGGGUCCAAAAUAAGGAGAUUAAAAUGAAACCUAAUGGGGCUGUCUUGGCCUUUGCAGUCAACUUUAAGUGGACAGUAGAGGAGCUGCAAUUGUUGGUACUAUCAUGUUGGUAACACUUGAUGUUGCUGCUUGAUGUGAGUAUAAAUUGUAAGCAUCAUAAAAUAUCAGGAACAGUCAUACUGAGAGUUAGAGGAUCCUUUUCUCAUAAGGUGACACUGGACUUUUCCACCUAAACAAAUAAAAUCUAAGGGUAAUCCCUCACAUUCCCCUGAAAAUAACCCACUCACAAGAUUUCUCCAAGUUAGUGCUUGUCCAAAAUAAUUAAAAGAAUUCCAGGGCAAAGUGCAGAAUUGAGUGAUGUUGAUCCACUGAUCCCUCUUAGACAGCAUGUUUGUGCUGGCUCUAGUCUGCAGUCCAUUUGGCACCCUCCUUGCUGUGUUAUGAAGAGGUCCGGGAAGCUUGAAGGCGUAAACAGAGCGACGGGGUCAGGGAACUUCACUGACUGCAAACAAACAAACUUCCUCAGUGGUAGUAGCUGGUGGUGUUCAAACAGCUGCAGAGGAUCAGAAGAGGGUCAAAAACACAGCCUGCAGUUGUUUCAGUGGAAAAAUCCAAUACAACUCACUCAGCAACAACAAUAGAGACACAAAGUCCACCUGCCAGCUGAUACGACAGUUUGAGACUGGCUAAUGAAUGAAUGAUGGUCAGAGUCCCACUGAAGUCAUCUACCUGUUAAAUGCAGCCAAAUGAUAUACUAGGAACAUGUACCCCAUUAGUUUCUGUCUCCUUUGUCUUUCUUUGACACGGGCCUGCAGGCUAAUGACUGAUGCAUUAUUCAUCGUCUCUUCCUGUUUAAAUGCUUCUUUAAGCAUCAAGGAGGCUCUCAGAUCCCCAAGAGGUUUUGGUGGAAUGCAAGGUCCACUUUACUUCUACACCCUUCAAACCGUAGUGACUACCACCAUCUGGAUUUUGAGGAUGAAAUACUCUCUUCAAAUUUCAGAGCAGUUGCAGCUGGGCUCUUAGAUAUCAAUGUGUUGUAUUACCUCUUCUGUGAGCAAACAUUUGGAAACUGAGGAGACAAUUGUGGUAACACUUUACUUGAUGCCUAUCUCUAUAAAGCAUUAUGAAUAUAUGUAUAAUGUGAUUAUAACACAUUAUUCAUAUAUUUAUAAUGUGCUAUAAGGAUAGGCAUCAAGUAAAGUGUUACCAC